UUGGAUCUGCAGUUUCGGAGUGGCGAGCUCGCGUUCGUCAGUGAUUCGCAAGCCGUUGGUGAACGCGUUCAACCCGUCCGUCGUCGCGCGUCGCGUAUAGAUUGCACACAUCGCAUCGAAGCUGUCCCAAAGUCCGUGUCCUGAGUUCCGAACAAUCCGUCGAGAAGUAGAAAAGCUCAGACUCGGCUUAAGGGCAGCUAGUAAACGAUCUGGGAAUGGCUUUCAACGGUGAUGGACCGCACUCGAAGAGGCAACGUCUCGAGGAGUCGGGCCACAGGAAUCACGAGUACGGAGGUUACGGGGAUGAGCCACGAAGAAAGAGGGAGGACAAUAACAAGCCUAACCACGUCCUACUGUUCACAGUAAUCAACCCCGUCUAUCCAAUCACGGUGGAAGUUCUUCACACAAUAAGCGUACCGAGCGGACAAGUACAGAGAAUCGUCAUAUUCAAGAAAAAUGGCGUGCAAGCGAUGGUGGAGUUUGAUUCUGUCGAGUCAGCAACACGAGCGAAGGACACCCUCCACGGUGCCGAUAUCUACUCAGGUUGCUGCACCCUGAAGAUCGAUUACGCCAAGCCUACCAAACUGAACGUCUACAAGAACGACGCCGAGAGCUGGGACUACACAACACCGACGUUAGGCACCAGCGCCCACAAAAACGACACGGCGGGCAAUGGAAGGCCCGCGCCUCUACUGGCAGAACCUAGAUAUGGUGCAGCACCGCAGCCAUAUGGUUCCACGCCACAAGUCGCAUUCCCACCAGGCGCCACCCACGAUCGUUAUGAAGAGGGUUUUAACGGCCCUGCAACGUAUCCUGAACCAUAUGUAGAACGAUACGGGCUUAAGAAUGACUUUGGUGGUCGAGAACCGCUUCACCCGACUCCACCUCGUCCAGGAUACGUACCAACACUUGGACAGACGCCUCCAUCCACCACACAAGGCUCUGUUAUGAUGGUUUACGGACUGCAGCCUGAUAAAGUGAAUACAGACAAGCUAUUCAACUUGUUUUGUCUAUACGGAAAUGUUACGAAGGUGAAAUUUCUGAAAACUAAAGAGGGCUGUGCGAUGAUUCAAAUGGGCGAUAGUAUAGCUGUUGAAAGGUGUCUACAGAAUUUAAACAAUGUUACAAUCGGCGCCGAGGGCAAACUUCAGCUUGGUUUUUCAAAACAGGCUUUUCUCUCUGAUGUCACAAAUCCUUACAGCCUGCCUGACAAAACGGCCAGCUUCAAAGAUUUUACGGGAAGCAAGAAUAACAGAUUUUUAAACCCAGCUAUGGCGAAUAAAAAUAGGAUACAGCCACCAUCGAAAAUAGUUCAUUUCUUCAAUACACCUCCUGAUCUCACCGAGGAGACGGUAAAUCGCGUAUUUAUGGAACGUGGCAUAGAAACACCAACUACAGUCAAGCUGUUCCCACUAAAGUCCGAACGUUCUUCAUCUGGACUCAUCGAAUUCAGCAGUGUUGGAGUAGCGGUAGCAGCAAUCAUGGAGUGCAAUCAUACAGCACUUGAAAACAGCAAUGGAAAGUUUCCCUACAUCAUGAAGCUCUGCUUCUCAUCGUCGCGCACCAUACCGACCAACUUUCCACCAAGCAGUAGCGGAGUAGCGAGUAAUUCAUCUGGGAAUGGGCACAUCAAAAUGCAGCAAGAUUCCGAAUAGAACGGAGAAACCCAGGGCCAGCGUCAGCGCCAGCGCCAGCGCCCCUCUAUCGCCCUGCAUCCUAUAUGCGCCGCUCCUAUGCCGGCUCUGCAUCCCGCAACGAUUGCUCUUUCUCCGGUUCCUACCCCUCUGCCACCUGCAUGCCUUCUUAUCGCUGCGCCUGCCCUGUAUCCUGCUGUUCCUCCGCCUCCUCCUCCCCCACUUCCGGCAUUUUGGCCAUACUGAAACCAGAUUCAUUAGUUGGUUAACGGUUGGAAAGAAAGUUGGCAGUAGAUUGGGGAAACGAUGAUCUGCGAUGACAAGACUUUUGGACGGGUGGAAGAAUUUGAUAUUUAGUCGAUGUUUGAACAAUUGACUUUUGGCAUAACUGUUGUGUGUGACAGUGCAUUGAGAUAAGCAUUAUACCUAAAUGCUUUAGAAUUUAUUCCAAAGGAUUACAUAUCUUAUAUUUAGGACUAUCGGCGGAACCCUCGCUUGUAAUUCGUUGCAUCGAUCCAGGGAAAGGUGUAGAAAAUUAGAAUAAUAUUAAUUUAGCCACAUAUCAAACGGGGACGUAACGAUGGGAAAUAUUUAUUGAAAUUUAUUCGUCGCAGAUCAAGCCAGAGACACGACACUUCCUUCUUUCCGUUUACCUGUAAUGAAAAUUUGGUGAAUAACGUCUUAUACAUGGCAGUGGUGUUGAAAGGAAUUGAUUCUUUGCGCUGGUAUAACGUUAUGUAAGAUAAAACUAAUCUGCUCUUAUGUUACAUAUUGAUAAUCUUUCCGUCAUUUAUGAAGCAAUUUUUCACAUCUCUAAAUGACAUAACUUCGUAAAUUUGUAUGAAAUUACGGUAAAUAUCGAGUGACGGUUAUCAACAACUUAGGGACCUUUUUGGGUCUUCAAUUAAUUUUUGUAAGUUUUGGAACAAAUUGGUGUGGAUUUUCUUAAGGCAACUGUUGCAUGAAAAUACUAUAAACUUUUUAAAUAAAAAAAAUGUGUUAUUGCAUGAAAUAUCAAAAUUUUCCAACUAUAUCUCCAAAUAUUGGAGAAAUCUCACCAAGCUUCAAACAAAUCUCAAGCGUCGAGAUGUGAAAGUUUGUUAAUGCCAGUGGGAGAAUUCGGUUGGUAAUAAAAAUCUUUUACGUGGAUUUUAUAUCGUGGGACCUGAUCAAUAGUAAAAACAAAAGUAUAUAUAUCCGUCUAUGAAGGAGAUUAAUCGGGUCUGUCUGUUACUAUUAGAUUCCUUUGUGAGAUAUAGCUUGGAACCUUUGUAUCAGCGCUCUCUAUAAGUAAAAAAAGAUUGAGGAUUGGUCGUGUUAGUCAUGAAAACGAAAAUUUUUUUUAUAAUUAAAACAUUAAACAAGACUGCUGUUUAUAAGAAUGUCAAGUUGACCAGAAUCUCGCCACGACAUUGUUCCUAAAAAAUGAAAACAAUCCCUCAGCUGUAGUGUUCAGGUUGCGACGACUCGACUCGUUGUCGAAAACCUUAAUGAAAAAACGUGAGUAAUCGGAAUCCCCCUCUCAAUCGCACGAUCGGAUUGAGGAGUGUGAAUUGAAUUUCCAUAUAUAUAUAAUAUAUAUAU